AUGAACAAUCGAGUUCAAACAAUUGUACUUUAUCGAAGAUGUAAUUUGCCGCGCGACGACGAAACCGCCGCGCGACCGCAUCGUUCAUACCGCAAUUCGCUUGGCUUUAGCAUAGUUGGCGGCUCGGAUUCACCGAGAGGCCCGAUGGGUAUCUUCGUGAAGAGUGUGUUCAACAACGGUCUUGCUGCCCAUAGUGGCCUAAUUCACAAAGGUCUCGGUGACGAAGUGCUCAGUGUCAAUGGUGUAGAACUGCAUGGUAAAACCCAUGCACAAGCAUUACAAAUAUUCCGGCAUUUCUCCAAGGUCGAUGUUACACUGUGUAUUCGACGUCCAAAUCCAGAAGCUGGUAUUUGUUGCCAAGAAACUGAACAGUGUGGACAACAUUCUCAGCAGGCACAGCACCAGCAUCAGCAACAGCAAAAGCAACAGCAGCAGCAACAACAACAACAACAUCAUAAUCAACAGCAAAAUCAGCAACAUCAGGAGCAGUUGUCAGAUCACGACGAUCAAGAACAACAGCAGCAGCAAAAAUGGAGCACUGAUGACAUCAACCAAAAUCAUCAAAGGUAUCAGAUAAAAUUUUUCAAAAUUGGCAAAAUUUCAGCCUUUAAAAAUCAGCGUGUCUUUUGUUGCUGUAUCACAGUGCAAAAAUUUUUUUGUCUUCAAAAUAAACAUCUUCUCUUUUAAAU